AGGUUGGACCCGCAGAGCCAGGAAUGCAGCUUUGUCAAGGGACGCGCCAGCGACGGUAACAGGACGGUGUCCCAGGAGGGUUGGGGCGGAAAGUGGGAGACAGGGUUGUUCUUAGAUAGAGGAAAGGGGCCUUCUGGCUGGGCUCCCUGGGUCACCGCCCCACCUCGCCCCGGAGCCCGACGUGGCGCGCGCGCUGGGGACAGCAAGCAGGAAGUUGUACUGGGGGCGCGGCUUGGGCAGCAUUGCAGGUACACCCGAGGGCACCGCGGGGGUGAGCGCCAGGCCCCUGCACCAGUCAGGAGCGCGCGCUAGGGCACCGGAGCCAAGUCCGGCGGACGGACAGACGGUACGUUCUGGAAGGGGAAGGGAUCCCGGAUACGGGUUGCUGCAUCGAGAGGCUCUGGUCUGGGAGUCCAGAACUGACUGUAUCGGGCGGAGGUGAUGUGGCUUCCAGCCUCUGGAAGUGCUGCUGGGGUCUCUGGGACCGCGGUCCUCCUGACUAGGUUCGGAAGGGGUGAAAAUGAGGGUAGGGAGAAAGGAGAGGACUGCAACAAGGUCUUCCCGAAUGGCCUGGGCUUCGGGGGACGGGGAGCAAAGGGCUGUUGUGGGGGUCUCCAGAAGCGGAGGGGUGGUAUUCUAUUUUCUGGGAAGAUGGUGUAGAUGCACCUGACCAAGUCUGGUCGAUCUGAAGGGGCCAGCGGAACUGACAGUGCGGGGGGCGGGGAGAAUGACAGAGUCCUUCCAGGAAACGGGAGAGGCUCCAGCACCUGCAAACCCUCCCCUGGCCUCCGGAGGUUCCCAGAAGAAGAGGGCAGGACCAUGGCCACAGGUGCAGACGUGCUGGCGCGCUCCGGGCUGGCGUUGAUGUCCUGGCGGCCACGGGAAGGGCGAAAGGCCCGGAGAGCGGGCCCUUUAAGGCUUCCGGGAGGCGUGUCAGGAAAUGCGCGCUGGGCCCGCCCCUCCGGGACCUGCCCCGCUGAGCCGGAACUCGCACUCAGCUCGCGGCCUCGGCGAGGGCUUGCACCCCCGUACCUCUCUGUCAGUGUUCCUCGGGCCACCUCCCUGAGCCUCCGUGACCUCCCUGCAGCCCGCCCUCCCGUAGGCUCGGCGCGAGCGCUUCCGGGCGCUCCCGCAGCCCGCCCUCCACGUAGCCCAUGCUCCGCUUCCCACGAGGUCCGCGCCGUGUUCUUUCCUCCUCCACCCUGCCCUUCUGUCUCCCUCCCUUCCUUUCUCCCUGCGACUAGUCCCUAUUAGGCACCAGCCCCCUGUCGUCCAGCCGGCCGUGGUUGUCAAGGCCCACACCCUUAGCUAGGCCCCUUCUCCUUUCCCUGGGUCUUGUCUCAUGACCGCCUCCUCUGGGAGCGAGCGCGAUGUGGAGAGGUGCAUCUGGGCAAAUCCGGAAGCAGAACUUCAUCCAAGACGGAGGGGACCGUUAGGUCACCACGUGUGACAAUUGAAGCCUGCACCCACAGACCCUAGCAGCUUGGCGCCCUGUAGACCAGGGAAUGCUUCUGGCCGUGGGGUGACCCAGCUCUUCUGCCACCAUGAACAGGGCCCCUCUGAAGCGGUCCAGGAUCCUGCGCAUGGCGCUGACUGGAGCCUCCGUUGCCUCCGAGGAGGCCGAUGCAGACAGCAGGAACAAGCCGUUUCUGCUGCGGGCGCUGCAGAUCGCACUGGUGGUCUCUCUCUACUGGGUCACCUCCAUCUCCAUGGUAUUCCUCAACAAGUACCUGCUGGACAGCCCCUCCCUGCAGCUGGACACCCCAAUCUUCGUCACCUUCUACCAGUGCCUGGUGACCUCGCUGCUGUGCAAAGGCCUCAGCACCCUGGCCACCUGCUGCCCUGGCACCGUUGACUUCCCUACUCUGCACCUGGACCUCAAGGUCGCCCGCAGUGUGCUGCCACUGUCGGUGGUCUUCAUCGGCAUGAUAAGCUUCAAUAACCUCUGCCUCAAGUACGUGGGGGUGGCCUUCUACAACGUGGGGCGCUCGCUCACCACCGUGUUCAACGUGCUUCUGUCCUACCUGCUGCUCAAACAGACCACUUCCUUCUAUGCCCUGCUCACAUGCGGCAUCAUCAUUGGUGGUUUCUGGCUGGGUAUAGACCAAGAGGGAGCUGAGGGCACCCUGUCCCUGGUGGGCACCAUCUUCGGGGUGCUGGCCAGCCUCUGCGUUUCCCUCAAUGCCAUCUAUACCAAGAAGGUGCUGCCAGCGGUAGACAACAGUAUCUGGCGCCUAACCUUCUAUAACAACGUCAAUGCCUGUGUGCUCUUCUUGCCCCUGAUGGUACUGCUGGGCGAGCUCCGUGCCCUCCUUGACUUUGCUCACCUGGACAGUGCCCACUUCUGGGUCAUGAUGACGCUGGGUGGCCUGUUCGGCUUUGCCAUCGGCUAUGUGACGGGGCUGCAGAUCAAAUUCACCAGUCCCCUGACCCACAAUGUGUCAGGCACAGCCAAGGCCUGUGCGCAGACGGUACUGGCCGUGCUCUACUAUGAAGAGACUAAGAGCUUCCUGUGGUGGACAAGCAACCUGAUGGUGCUGGGUGGCUCCUCCGCCUACACCUGGGUCAGGGGCUGGGAGAUGCAGAAGACCCAGGAGGACCCCAGCUCCAAAGAGAGCGAGAAGAGUGCCGUCGGGGUGUGAGCUCCUUCAGAGACCCGGGGCUGAGCCCAGGUAGGGCCUUCACAGCACUGAAGGCUUCCCAUAGAGCCAGCUGGUGUGGCCCUGGACAAUAUUGUUUACAUCCUCCUUGGAAUAUAGUCUAAGAGGAGCCAGGGUCUUCCCUGGGAAUGUCAAAAAGCUGCCAAACCUCCUGUCCGCCCCAACCUGGCUUGGGGAAACGCUCCUGGGAGUGGCACCCCUUCCUGCCUCCUCUUGGGGCCUGUCUACCUCCAUGUCGCCUCUGGGGUUGGGACCAGCCGCAGCCUUAAAGGGCUGGAUUGAUCACAAGGGAGAUGGGUUGUGACUCCACUAUGGCUAGUUGAAGGGAGUUGGGUGACUCCACAUCUCUGGGACCCAGGGCAGGUAGAGUAGUCAGGUGCUAUUAACAUCAGGAACACCCCAGCCUGCCUUUGGAGGGAGGUGGGAGCUUGGCCGAGGGAGGAAAUGGCCAUUCUGCCCUCUUCUGUGUGGAUGGGUAUGGCAGACCCACUUAUGGGGGCUGCAGCCAGGAGUGGCUGAUGAAAAAGCAAACAUUCACCUCUGCACUCCAUAUUUGCAGCUUUAGAACGGGGGAGCCACACAUCUUUUACAGGUUAAGUAGGGUGAUGAACCCCUCCGCAGCCCCUAACCCCAGCUUUACUACCUGGCUUCUCUUGGCCCAGAGGGGUCACCAUCCCUUUCUCCAGCACUUGGCCCAGCUACCUAGCUGUACUCCAUUUCUGGACUCUCUUCUCCAUCAUCGGCCUCCCCCAACACCUCCAUCUGCAGGUAGGUAGUGGGGUCCACUCUUAGCCUCUGUUCCCGUGUGCUUGGACCCCCGAGCCCCUCAUGACAGUAAGAGACAUUUUAUGUUCUCUGAGACUGGGGCUAAAGGAGCCCACUGAUUCUCAGAAUUAGCCCAUCUGGCUCCCAUCACAAAGUAGCCUAGAGCAGGUGGCUAAGAACAGAAGUUGGUUUAUAACUCUUCUGGGGUCAGCAAAGCUCAGAUCAAGGCACCCAUAGACCCAGUGUUUCUGAGAAACACUCUGUCCACACACUCAUGUGGGAAAAGUACAGACAAGCUACCUUGGGCCUCUUAUAUAGGAGCGCUAGCCCCAUUCAUGAGAGUUCUACCCCAUGACCUGAUCACCUCCAAAGCCUUCAACAUAAAGACUCCAACAUGAAUCCGGGGACAGAAGCGCUCAGACCAUAACCCCAGCACCACACCCUCAUAACCUCAGGGUAGCGUCAUUCCCCUAGUCCCUUCUCUUGCCUUUUGUACCCUAAUUUCCUUGGGGUAAUGUCUGAUGUUUUUGUUCCUGUCAUAAAAAGGUGGGGAGACUG